AUGAACGCAUUGUACGCCCAGAAGACCGAAGAGCUCCAAAAGAAGAUCCAACAGAAGUACGACGAGAGCGCGCGUCGACACGAAGAGACUAACUGUCGACUCGUUUUACCGCCAUUUCACGGCAGUUUACUUCUCAACCUCUUAAAUAACAUCAAAUACAUAGUGGAAGCGCCGGUAGACUCGGCCGACAACAAGUCGGCGAUACAAUCGUGCGAUAACGAGCGGCUCCGGGCGGCCCGUAAGCGGAGCAAGAAGUUGAAGCAACGGCUGGCGACCAAAGCCGCACAAUUCGAGGCCAAUUCGGGCCCUAAAGUGGUCACCGGAAAGACAGUACAGACGCCACACAAGAGUAAAAUCACCAAAUUGUUUAAGGACUUGUCAGCGCUGAGCGCCGACACCCAAAUCACGGGCCACUGGCCGACAAACAUGACUCACAGUCUGGAACGCAAUCUCAAUGAGUUGGAGAAACUGUUCCGUAACAACAUGGAAGCGCCGGUAGACUCGGCCGACAAGAAGUCGGCGAUACAGUCGUGCGAUAACGAGCGGCUCCGGGCGGCCCGUAAGCGGAGCAAGAAGUUGAAGCAACGGCUGGCGACCAAAGCGGCACAAUUCGAGGCCAAUUCGGGCCCUAAAGUGGUCACCGGAAAGACAGUACAGACACCCAAUAAGAAUAAAAUCACCAAAUUGUUUAAGGACUUGUCAGCGCUGAGCGCCGACACCCAAAUCACUGGCCACUGGCCGACAAACAUGACUCACAGUCUGGAACGCAAUCUCAAUGAGUUGGAGAAACUGUUUCGUAACAACAGUGGUGGCCGCCCGACCACAGGUGCCGCCGAUUCCCUGUACUUUCAUUCGCUAAAUGGCGUCCAAUUGUUGACCAAAAUGUUGUCCCGAAUAAUGAACGGCACCCGAGAGAGGCCCACAUCACUCACCGACCGGUCCAACGCUAAGUUGGCCGCACUUUACGAACUGGUCUGCGGUCAGCACUUGGAUGUGGCCGACUAUGUCCUCCAAUCUCAACACGUGAUCGAUUUGUUGGACAUUCUGUGCCAUCGGAUCAAUUCGCGGAAAGUCUUAUUCCCGAUUACAGAACUAAUCGACGAUAACUCUUCUGUUUCGGGGGGUGUUCUGUGUCUACAACUCUUGGACUCAUUGACUCAACUCUCGGUGAUCCACAUAUGGCUACACCUUUGUUCCCAACUAUCCCUUUAUUGUCUCACAACUGAUCCCAAAACGACCUGA